UUUUUCUUUUUUUAAUUGAUGUAAAAUGUAGAAAAUAUCCAAUUUUCACUAAAGUUAAAAAACAAAAAUUGGGAAUUGCAUGCUACUGGAGGGUGGUUUGGGUGAGCAAUAGUUUUUUUUUUACAUAUCAACUUUUCAAAAUACAGUAGAUUCAGUCUUUAAAAAUAUAUGUACUAAUAAAAUAAGUUGCUGCAUGCUAAUUCUACUUUAACACUUGAAUUGGCCUUAUCUUGUUUAUACUAACAUACUUCUAUAUCUGUAUGCUACAUGUUUCCAUAGAUUAGCCUUCGAUUCUAUCAGAAAGCAGACCUUGUUGAUAGUCUCAUUGGUUUCCUUUAUUGACACUUUAUUUUUUUUAUAAACCUGUAAACUGAACGACAAUGUUCAUAAACAGUACACAAUACCUUCCUCCAAUACUAAACCAGGUGAAGCUACAACCGCUUCAGUAAAAUUGUUUUCACACAUGCUUCUGCCAGUGGUGAACUACACUACAGUGCAUUGAGAAGAGCACUUGGCUAACUUGAAACUGCUUUAGAUUUACAAAAAAAUAGCCUUUUUAUGUAUUUAUGUUCUACUAACAUGUGGAGGUAGUACGUAAAUGGUCAUUUGAAACACGCAGACUGCUUAUCUUUUUUUCCUGUAGAGGAAAAAUUAAUCUUAUCCUUUUGAAAGUUUGAAAACUAUCAUAAAGCAAGCAAGGCCAUCUACACAUUUUAUUUUUUUAAUCGUCUCAAAGUAUUCAUUUGGCAUGAUGAGGAGCUUUGUGCAUUGCCGAGGCUUUAGUUCCUUCGUUGAGAACUGCGCACAUAAAUACACUGGUACUUGCAUGCGAAACAUGUAAAGAUAAAUGUAAGUACAGCAGUCGUUGCCUGAAAUAACACUAGGUAGAAACCAGAGAUAAAUGAUACAGCCUUGUCACCUGUUCAGUGUGACUUUAACAGUUGUUGUUUUUUUUCUAAAACAUUAUUAGUCGUAAACUAACCUGAGAUGUUUAAAGGUAGCAUCCUUAAUGACAACGGAGCACAGCGAGAAGUACAAUAGAUAACAACGCUCUGUAAUUUCAAAUAAUGUAAUAAUUGUCCUUGUACUUUUAAUAGAGUAAAAGUAAAAGGUAAUGUUCCUGUGUAGUAUUAAAGAACUGACAGGAAAGAAGUACCUACAAAUGCUAUUGCUCAUCCCAACUGAAACCCACCUGGCCUCUGUCAGCUAAGCAUGGUAAAAACAAACUUGCCAUGCAGCAAGAUGAUUCCAAUCCCCUUUGACAUUGGCCUUGGUGAGCAGCACAAGUUGAACUGUCUGCAGCAGCGGGGGACCAGAAAAGCGUCCUGGGAUGGAUUGGGAAAGUAUACAGAUUUUUACCUGACACUGGUACGAUCGGCUCCAAUAAAUGUGAUUGUGCAUCAUUUGUUGUUUUGUUGGCCACUUUAGGCUAAUUUAUGCAUUCCCCAAAUUACUCUUAAAUACACGUCACUUUUAUGGUCUAGAUGAUAUCCUUUCUUUGUCACCAUGUGUUCAUUGCCAUGCAUUUAUAAAUACUGUGUGGUCAAAUUUAGUAAAAAGAAAGAAAAAGCUGCUGAGGCUUGUUUCUAAAUUUAGCCUAUUCAGGCCAACAAUCCUAUACUGCUUUGGUUAUUUAAAUGUUUAAAUUACAGAAUUGCAUUGAGUGACACAGCUUUUACAGAAUUUAAGAUCACAAAGCAGUGUCUGUUUUGAAUUUCUUUGAGGGAAAAAAAGCACUGAAUAUGUGUGCUAGUUUUUCUCUAGUAUUGUGUAUAAAAUUAUACAUUUUCACUAUGUCUUAGUAGUUAGAGUAGGCUUUUCACAAACAAUUGAGUAAUAGUUUUGUUAUUGAUGUUAUAGUUCUAUGUGAAGCAAUAUAAUGAGAGAAAACAUGUUUAACCUCAUAUUAAAUGUUUUUUUUUUUUUUUUUUUACAAGGUAGCAAUUUUUGUUUUGCCUGACGAGGCAUGCUUCGAUUCCAUAGUCAAUAUAUUAUUUAUUUCUUAGCAGAAGUAUAUAAUAAUAAAAUAAUAUAUUCUGUUGAAUCUGAACUUUCUCAUUAAAAGAUGAAAAGACAACAAGCUUAGAAAGAGCAGCAAUCGGCAUAGGAUCAAGCAGCUGUUUCUCCAGUUUAGCCCUGGGUGUUAUCACUUGCUUGCUAUGGAGAGCUCUUAACGAAUAAUUGACUUGUGCAUCUCUAAUUGCAAGAUAGUUUAGUGAUGGUCUUAAAUGUAGUUUUUGCAGUUUCUCAGCAGUUAAUUUGCACAUUUACCGUAACAUGCAUUCCUUGGUGCACCCCAUUUCUCUCUGUUCUAAUCAAUUUUCGAUUGGAAUUUGGAGUCGAAUAUUUAAUAUCAAGCAGCAUCUUGGCCGCCUCUCUCUUUAAGUAAUGCAGUUAUUUAGUAACAUGUAUUUGCUGUUGCAUAUUUCUUCCCAGUAUUUACCAAACAUGUUUAAACAUUGUAUCUUAAUGUUGUAUUUUAAAGCUGUGUCAUAUUCAGGUCUAGCAAUUGGCAUUGCCUGCCAAAUUGAUGAAUGUAAAGCUUAAAUUUGGAGGACGGCCAAGGUGAUUACAUUAGCCUUAUAGAAACAUAGAUGGGUGUUUAAGUGGAGACUGAAGAUUCUGAAUCAGUUUGCUUUAACUGUGUUUUUUUUAUAGGAAUUUACUUUCUCUGAUACAUCGAAUGAUCGAGUUUGUGGUGCGUGAAGGACCUAUGUUUGAAGCUAUGAUCAUGAACAGAGAGAUAAACAACUCCAUGUUCAGGUUUCUUUUUGAGAAUCAGAGUCCAGCCCACGUUUACUACAGAUGGAAGCUGUAUUCCAUUUUACAGGGAGAUUCUCCAACUAAAUGGAGAACCGAAGACUUUCGAAUGUUUAAGAAUGGAUCAAUGUGGCAACCACCUCCAUUAAAUCCGUACCUGCAUGGCACAGUGGAGGACGAGCAGGAAACAGAAAUAGAGGAGGAACCCAGCAAGAAAGGGUCGCUAAAAGAAGAGCAAAGGGACAAAUUAGAGGAGGUUUUGCGUGCACUGACGCCUCGGAAAAAUGAUAUUGGCGAUGCCAUGGUAUUCUGUCUAAAUCACGCGGAAGCUGCUGAAGAAAUAGUGGAAUGUAUUGCAGAGUCUUUGUCUAUCCUGAAGACUCCACUGCCAAAAAAGAUUGCACGGUUGUAUUUGGUAUCGGAUGUGUUGUACAACUCCUCAGCUAAAGUCGCCAAUGCUUCAUAUUACAGGAAAUAUUUUGAAUCCAAACUGUGCCAGAUAUUUUCAGACCUCAAUGCCACAUACAGGUCAAUACAAGGCCACCUACAAUCGGAACAUUUCAAGCAAAGGGUAAUGUCCUGCUUCAGAGCGUGGGAGGAUUGGACUGUUUAUCCUGAGCCUUUUCUGAUCAAACUCCAGAACAUAUUCCUCGGACUGGUGAAUCUUGCUGUAGAAAAAGAAGCCUCGCCACCUCCUCCAUCUCUUGCUCCUGCUUUAGUUCCGGUUGUCCUUGUACAGCCAGCACCAGUUGGAGACCUCGAUGGAGCGCCAAUCGAGGAAGAACUUGAUGGUGCCCCACUGGAUGAUGUUGAUGGGAUGCCAAUUGAAGGAGCGCCGAUUGAUGGAAUGCCCAUUGAUGGUGUGCCAAUUGAUGGAAUGCCCAUUGAUGGAAUGCCCAUUGAUGGCGCACCCAUUGAUGAUUUAGAUGGGGUUCCAAUAAAGUUGGCUGGAGAUUACUUGGAUGGUGUUCCUUUGGAACAACUUAACCAGUCCAAAAAGCCAGCGUUUAAAAUGGCUCCUUCCAAAUGGGAAGCGGUGGAUGAAUCUGAACUUGAAGCACAGGCUAUUACCACCUCAAAAUGGGAAGAUUUGGAUCAGCCAGAAGAAUCUAAAAAUGAGAACAGGGAAGACGAGGAAAGAGAAGAUGAAGAGGACACUCGAAGUUCUCGUUCAGGUGACCAACAGGCCUACUCAAACCCUAUUAAGGAUGAAUCGUCUGAAUCAAAAUCGUCUACAAAGUUCUCCGAAAUGAGUGCAGAGAAGCGGGCCAAACUUAGAGAAAUAGAGCUAAAAGUUAUUAAAUUUCAAGAUGAGUUGGAAUCGGGGAAAAGGCCAAAGAAGUCAGGACAGAGUAUUCAGGAGCAAGCGGAACACUAUCGGGACAAACUAUUACAAAAGGAAAAGGAAAAAGAAAGGGAAAAGGAGCGAGACAAAAAGGAUAAGGAGAAAUUGGAAUCUCGUUCUAAAGAAAAAAAGGAAAAAGAUGAAUCCACACCAAACCGGAAAGAGAGGAAACGAAGGCAUAGUGCAUCUCCCAGUCCUGCUCGGAGCAGCAGUAGAAGAGGGAAGUCUCCGUCUCCACGGUCCGAACGCUCAGAAAGGUCCCAUGUAAAAGACAGCGCUCAUUCCAGAUCUUCUCAUAAAGACUCGCCAAGAGAUACCAGUAGAAAAUCCUCUAAAAGGUCACCUUCAGCAUCUAGGACACCCAAGAGAUCUCGAAGAUCUCGUUCCAAGACACCUAAAAGAUCUGUUAAAAAAUCCAGGUCCCAGUCCAGAUCUCCACAUCGGUCCCAUAAGAAAUCAAAGAAAAGCAAACGCUGACAGUGUUUCUUUAAUUUGUUGAGAUGAAAAAUUGGAAUUGCAGUUGUAUGUGCCUGAGAAAACCUGUAAAGACACAAGAAGGCAUUCCUGAUUAAAUAUAUAAAUAUAUAUUUUUUGUGAAUGCAUGUGUAUCCAUGCUGUCUACCUUCCAUCUGUAAAGCCAUCACUGUUUUGUAUUGUAAAAAAAAAAACCUUCAUUGUGCUUUUGAUUUCCUACAUACCUUUGUCAAAAUCGCCAUUGUUAGGGAUCAAAUGCGAGUGGUCUGCUGGCAGUAGUGUUUUAUUUUAAAGAUCGUCAGAUGACUUUUUGUAGUUUUUGACUUUUACAAGGAUUUCAAUUACAUCUUCAAAAAGUUUCUGCCUUGGCAGUAAAUUGAAACUUCUAGUUUGUAUACAGUACACUUAACCUAUGUGCUGCUGCUUCCCUUGAAGCAGCGCAAUUAUUAGUGGUCUUCAUAAAGAAGACAGCAAAAGGGCUUAUAUACACUGGCAGUUACAACUGCUUUAUCUUCUGAUUUAACUGAGGGUUUUUUUUGAUAAAAUAAAAACUACAAACAAAAGUACUAAGUCAGGCAGGUAGUGUACUAUUGGGAUUUUCAUUGACAAGGCCAUGUACAGAGGACGCGCACCAUGUUAUGUACUGUCAUCAGUUUACCUAUUACAGUAUUUGUAAUUGUGGGAUCUGUUGGAAAUGUAAAUGUCUGUUAUUGAUGCACAUACAUACUUGUAUGGGAAACUAUGUGAGUGGGUGAAAAAGAACAUACUUGUUUAGUGGCAUGUUAAAUAAGUUAGUUUGCAGCGGAUUCUUAAAUUUUGAAAUGGUUUAAUAUUACAUUUGUCAGUGGUAACCAUUGGAGGAAAAGAAAAAAAGCCUUUAACUGUAUCUUGUAAGUAAAUAAAUGAAUAAAACAAAUGUAUACUUAUAUUUUUGUAGGUAUGUGUAAACAUUUUAGUUCUGCUUUUAUAUGCCUGAAAAUGUGGAUUGUUGGAUUAAAAUUGUAAGUGAUUGAUUUCU